AUGUCUAUCCCAUAUCGAAGACUUGGCCACGAAGGCCCUCAGGUGCCUGCUGUUGGACUCGGACUCAUGAGCAUUGGUGGCAUAUAUGGGUCCGCAGGUUCGCUCGAUGAGAAGCUCGCCUUCCUGGAUCACGCAUAUGCUGUUGGACAGUGCUUUUGGGAUACAGCAGAUUUGUAUAGAGAUAGCGAGGACAUAGUGGGAGAGUGGUUCAAGCGUUCUGGCAAAAGAGAGGAUAUCUUCCUUGCCACAAAGUUUGGUGUUCAGCGGGAUAGCGAAACGGGCAACAUGUCGAUUCGCUCCGAUCCUGAGUACGUGCGAAUUGCCUGUGAGAAGAGUCUCAAGCGGCUUGGAGUCAGCACUAUUGAUCUGUACUAUUGCCAUCGCGUGGAUGGCGUGACACCGAUCGAGAAAACAAUUGAAGCAAUGGUUGGGUUGAAGAAUGAAGGCAAGAUUCGAUAUCUUGGUAUCUCCGAGGUAUCCGCAGCGACACUUCGCCGAGCACAUGCUGUCCAUCCCAUCACCGCGCUACAGAUCGAAUACAGUCCUUUCGCGCUAGACAUUGAGUCACCAAAAAUCAAUCUAUUGAAUACCUGCCGUGAGCUGGGCAUUGCCGUUGUUGCUUAUAGCCCCAUCGGCCGCGGGAUCCUAACUGGGCAAAUCCAGUCUUUCGAUGACUUACCCGAGGCAGACUUGCGCCGGAAUUUCCCAAAGUACUCGAGAGAGAAUUUCCCGAAGAUUUUGAAAUUGGUGGAUGGUCUCAAGAGCGUGGCAAAGAUUCAUGAUGUGACGCCCACACAGGUUGCAAUAGCCUGGUUGCUUGCUCAGGGCCCUGACAUUAUCCCAAUUCCGGGCACACGGUCUGCUGAGAGGAUGGAAGAAAACAACAGGUCGUCUCUGCUCCAAUUGACGGACAAGGAAAUCCAGGAUAUUCGAAAACUGAUCCAAGAAAAUGAAGUCCCUGGCGAUCGUUACCCUGCUACAAUGGGAGGCUUUCUCGGCGAUACCCCAGCCUUGAAAAUUGAGUGA